AUGUUUCGUGAUCUCAAGAGGGAUCCUGCAGAGACUUGUGUUGAGUUUGCACGUCGCAAAGAGGUCGCAUUUGAUAGAUGGAUCCGGUCUCUGAGAAUUGAGACGACAUAUGAAUCACUGCGUGAGGUUGUUUUGAUUGAUGAGUUCACAAGAUGCAUGUCCCGUGAUGUUAAAACGUACAUGAAUGAUCAUGCUGUUGUUAGUGUCAGAAAUGCUGCAAUGUUGGCAGAUGGGUAUGAGUUGUCACAUAGAAGUAGCGCAUCGCAGCUCCAACCUUCUAGUACGUUAGCGAGUGGUUUUGGUUGGAGUAGGUCCGAGACGUUACAUAAGGAAGUGGAGAGGUCAAAGUCGCCGAAGAGUAAGCUGAGUGGUGGUAGCCAGUCUAAUGGUGUUAGACAAGAGGGCAGGUUGUUUUGUGCAUACUGUAAGAAGGAUGGGCACCUUAUUUCUCACUGUCAGAAACUAAAGGACAAUAAUACUGGUCAGAAUAAAGUCCAGGCCAGCGGUUUUGUUCGGCCGGCUACGGUUUGUGUAGGAGACCCUUUGUGUGGUGAUGGGGUAAAGCAGAAUUUUCGUGAUGGGGUGGAUGAAGGAUACAAGGAAUGUAUUUCUGAUGGCACGGUGAAGUUCACUGUUGAUGGAGAAGAAUUUCCUGUUGUGAUUUUAAGAGAUACUGGCUCUGUUCAGACAUUGUUAAUUGCUGAUGAGUCAUCCGUGGAAUCUUGGUGUUUCACAGGCAUGAGAGUUCUGAUCCAAGAUGUGAAUGAGGGUUUCAAAUCUGUUCCUCUAUAUGAUGUAGAACUUUAUAGAGGGCUGGUUUCUGGGCGAGUGACAGUUGGCAUUGUUUCUCGAUUGCCUAUGAAGGGAAUCACAAUGCUGAUUGGCAAUGAUUUGGCUGGGGGUAAGGUGCAGCCAUCUACUGUGUUGAGUGACAUGCCGGUAGUGGAUUCCAAGACAGAGGCUUUGAAAACGGCUAUCCCAGGUAUUUUUCCAUCGUGUGCGGUUACCAGAGCGCAGGCUAUGGCAGGGCGAGAUGAGAGAGUGGUUGGAAAUGAUCGUGACAUAGAUUUAGGGGAUACAAUUUUCAGAGAUCUGGGUGAGAGUAUGAAUAGUCAGACUGAUGAUGAUAGGACUGUUUUCAGACAGCCUGCCUUGAUUGCAGCCCAACAGUCAGCUGCAGACUUGAAGGGUUUGUAUCAUGUUGCUUUGGCAGCAGGGGAGGCUGAGAAGGUCUCACAGUGUUAUUACAUCAAGUCUGGUGUGUUGGUGCGAAAAUGGUGUCCUCCUGGUCGCCCAGCUGAUGAAGAUUGGGUUGCGGUAGAUCAGAUUGUUGUCCCGCCCCAGUAUCGAGCAGAGAUUCUAAGGUUAGCUCAUGAUAUUCCCCUUGCUGGACAUCUAGGUGUGAGGAAGACAGUGGCCAGGAUUAGGGCUCAUUUCUACUGGCCUGGGCUCAGGAAGUGCGUAUCUGAGUAUUGUAAGUCAUGUCAUGUCUGUCAGGUGGUGGGCAAGCCACAACACCACAUCAAACCAGCCCCACUUAUUCCAAUUCCUGUUUUUCCUGAACCAUUUAGCCGUGUAUUGAUAGAUUGUGUUGGCCCUUUGCCAAAAACCAAGGCAGGUUAUCAGUACUUGCUUACUGUCAUGGAUUCAACCACACGUUUUCCAGAAGCUUUUCCGUAA